AAUGAGAGAACGGUAUGAGUGUACUGGAGCCGAGAGCCUUACCAGAACCAGAUAAGUCGUACAUUUCGAUUUCGAUCAUGUUCAAAUCGAGUUGAGUGUGUUGCGACUGAGCAAGUAUUUAACAAAAUCGGUGCAAGUGUAUUGUACACUCCCGCGUACACAGUACAGAACCAAAUCGAAUCGACGACGAUGACGACAACGACUUAAAACGUUGAACAGCAGCAGCAACAACAACAGAAAUUUUUACAACAACAGAAAAUGAGAAUUAAUAAAUAAAAACAAGCGAAGGCGCAACAUCAUACAAUCUAAUCAAACAAUAGAAAAACAACAAAAUUAGACACUCAAACGUUUUCCACGGAAUUUGGUCGGUGCGUACAUAGCGUUUCAUGUGUUGAUGUUUGCGUUUUCUAUCGGUAUUUCGUCGUCUAGCUACUUGCACAAUAGCUACUAAUCGGUGUGUGAACUGUGUAAUUAAAUUGGCUAAGUUCAAUAUCAAAAUACAUAAUGCACAAUUGGCUUGUCUCGAGCGCGGUUCUUGGGCAAAUAUUUUGACUGGUUGUGAACAAAGCCCGAGUGCUAAAUCACAUACUGGAGCGAAUGUGAAUGUGUAGAAGAAACCAAUAAAUCGAUCAGUGUUAAGUGUGUGCAUGUAUAUGUGCACAACGGAGACGAAGCGAAAUAUAAAGAACUCAAACGAAAAUACAUGUGAAAAAAUACGCAUAUAACAACAAAAACGAGCAAAAACUCGAACGACGACGGCGGCGACGGCGAACAGAAAAAAAAGAGAGAGAAAGAGAAGGGAAAGGUAGGGAAAAAAAGAAGAGAAGAGAAAACAUAGCUCCACACAAAGACUGAAACCGAACGACGAAUUUAUACACGCCAAAUACACCAAAGUGACAGCACGAAAAAAAAGGAAAAGAGAAAAGUUGAAACUCAAAUGCAAAAUUAAUUUUAUGUAUCGUGUUUUUUUAUUUUUUUUUUCUUCAUCGGUUUUGUUUUUGCUGUUUGCCUUUUUUGGGUGGCUGGCUGGUCAAUUUGCGUAUGCAUUUAAUCUGUCUGUUCGUGCCAUAUUUUCUUUUGUUGUGCUAAAAUAAAACAGUGCUUUAAGUCGAGUGUGUACGUGUGCGUCGAUAAAACAACAGAAACAUUUUUUAAAAUAUAUUGUGUGUGACUGCAAGUCCCGAUCAAAACGGCCAUUAUUAUUUGGUUGGUGCCUUAUUGAAAACAUUAACAACUGUGACUAUCGCCACACUGUGCAGCAAACAAACAAACGCAAACAAUUUUCGAUACUUGAUUUGAGUUUUUCUCCAAAUGCAAUCAUCCAUUUUGUGAGUGAGUGUGGGUGAACUGUCUAUAGAUUAAUGACAACAAGCGGCCAAUUAUUUUAGAUUACACUGCAAACCAAAAAAAAAAUUCCAAGUAUUGUUGCGCGUGAUAAAGAACCAUAAAAUUGUGGUUUAAAUAUUUUGCGAAUUGAAGUUUCAGUGAAUCAAUCGUGGGAUAGUAGUACAAUUGAACAAAGAAGGAAAUAAAAAGCAAGCACGAAACGAAACCAGCGCAACAACUUAUCGAGAAUUUGGCAAAUGAUGCACACCAAAUUGGACACAUGUGAAAAAAGUCCCGACGUUUGUGAUAAAAAAUGGAUGUUGAAGUUCCAGUGCUGUCAGGCACAUUAAACGUAUCGCCGCAAUCAUUCUCAUCGUUCAAUCGAAUAUCAAAAAAGAAACUGCAAAAACACUGUAUUUUAUUCCGGGCAAGUCGGCAUGGCAUUGAACGUUUGGAGAUAUUGGACAAGGAGGAUGACAAAAAUCCGAAGAUUGUCACAUUGGAAAAUUGUAUAAAAAUCACACAAGAGCCAACCAAUCAAAUCAAUAUCGUUAAAAAGACAAACGAAACAUGCACACUGUUCGCUCUCAACGAGGCAGAUCUGAAGCAAUGGAUUGAAGCGCUGCAAAGUGUUGCGUUCAAUGACAAAGCAAAUCUACUGUCUCGCACUAAUUCGGUGAGGGAAGAGGAAAAUGAUCUCUACUGUACCUCGUACUCGGAUGGCAUAUUCACCGUAAAUUUACAAACGGCCGAUUCAGCCAAGCUCAAAUAUACCAUCGAGAAAAAUUUACAUAUAGAACCUAAUAAACCCAUACCGACCACAUUCACACUACAACUAACGGCGACGGAAAUUCAAUUGAAAUUUCUUGAUAUGAACGGAGUGAUUUUGGUCACACAGUGGCCGUAUCGAUACAUUCGAAAGUAUGGAUAUCGUGAUGGUAAAUUCACGUUUGAAGCGGGACGAAAAUGUGAUACGGGCGAAGGUGAAUUCAAGUUUCAGCACACAAAUCCACAAGAAGUGUUCCGGUGCAUGGCAGCCAAAAUGAAAUCAAUGAAAAAACUGAUCAACGGCGAUACGAUUGGCAGUUUAGACUGUGGCGAACAUCAAUUUAAUGCGGCUCUAUCGAUGGAGGCUGGCUCACGUUCACCAUUGCCACCGUCACCAAAUCAAAACUAUUCGGAUAGCACACAGAGUCAAAAUAGUCAUUUGUUGCACGGAUUUUUAUCAUCGACCGAUUCAUUGAAUAAUAUUUCCAUUAACACAUCGACCACAUCAAGCAUACCGCCGGCCAAUAUGAAAAUAACACCAUUGAAACCGCCACGAAAAUCCAUUCCGGGCACGGAAAAUAAUGGCAAACCCGUUCCACCGAAGCCAUCGCCAAAAUCAAAGUAUCAGGACUAUGAGCCCGUUUCAUUGGCCCAAACUGGCACAAAUGAACUAUCAAAACCAACGUCGAUUGUAUUGAAAUCCUCACCGCCGCCACCGUUGCCCACAUCUCCCAUUCCGAGUAACGGCAAUUUAUCUCAUUCGACCAUAAAAUCACCGGUUCACUCGCCCGUCGUUGAUCAACCACCACGAAUACCGGCCCGCUACGAAAGUAUGAUUCACGACGAUCGAAACUAUGAGCAAAUCGAAAAUAUUACAAGCGCUUGGAAAACGUUGGGCGUAAAUGAUGUUCGACAUACGGAAAAUUCGAGCACAAUUGAAGAUGAAAUUACCGAAUUCGUUUGGCAACGAUCGCAAUCUCAGAAGGAGUUCGGUUCGGCUCGCAAAAUGCCAGUCACUAUGACUGCAUAUGAAGCUGAAUUAUUGUCGACGAGAAAGAAAAAUGGCGACUACGAUACGCUCAACUUUGAACCAAAAGCGAAGCCAAUCAAUCCAAAUAAUGACUAUCGAACCAUUGUGACAAUUACAGCGCCGGCAUACAAGAAGCAAACAUCGCAACCGAUCACAUCGAAUGAUUAUGAGAUUAUUGGCGAUUGUGCAACGAUUACAACCAACGCUACCAACACCACCACGUCGACCACCAACAAUGGCAAGCCAACGAUUGAACCGAAGCCAUAUCGUUUGGCCGACGACAGUCAUAUGGGAUAUGGGGUACUUCGAAAACCAAUAACAAAUAUCAAUUCGUCGCCGAAAUCACCAACAUCCAACGAUUCAAAUACAAUCGGCAUCGGAACCUCGUCUAGCGCCGACGAUCUCGUCAAUCAUCGAAAAUUCAAUGGCCUCAAUUAUGCCAUUGUCAAUAAAUCCAAUCAAGUUUGAUUUCUAUGAGAAAUUGAAGCUAAAAAUAAACUAAACACUAGCCAUACAUCAACAAAUAAAAGACGUGUAAGCAUAUCGCUACCAUUUCCAUUAGCGAGAUUAGAGAGAAGAAGGAGAAUAAAUCGAAAACUGUCUUGAACAA